AUGUGUUUGUCUUCGAUAGAUCUUCAGUUUGAUCCUUCCAACUGCGGCCCGGGUCUCUCUAUAUUGGAGGACAACACUCAUCUUCGACGAAUUGCACCGAAUAAUCGUGCUCAUUACACAUGCCGUAUUGCGACGCCCGGUUGGUCAAAAGGAAAACACUAUUGGUCGAUAAGGAUCAAUAAUCGCGGUUCGGAUGGUUAUAUGACGCUGGGCAUUGUGAAUGACAACUUUGAUUUCAGUAAAGACAACUAUCCAGGGUUGUCACCUGGCGGAUAUGGCUAUUACGUCCAUAAUGGCCAUGCUUUCAUCUCUGGAUCAGGUGCUACUUUCAAUUCGAAUGUACCUCGCAACGGCGAUAUUAUUGGUAUUUUACUUGACUUAGACGAGCGCACAUUGACAUACUUCAAUAAUGGACAAAGUCUUGGUUGCGCAUCUGGACAACUUGCUGUUCUUUCUGAUGUGAUCAAGUAUUUCCCGGCUGUUGCAUUCUACGAGCUUGGCCAUUGGAGAGUAGGUUGGGAAACACUUGCUUAUGCCUUUGGUGCCGUUGCUGCAAGUAUUCUUCUGGCAAAAACAGCUGAACAAGUCAUUGGCGAAAAGAAAAAAGGUUCGAUUCGUCAAGAAUUUCCUGGUGAAUGGCUUGGAGAGACGCUCGAAAGUAUUGAGAAGGCAGCAAAAACCGGCGAUCAAAGCGCACGAAAAGCUAAGACACUUCUCAAUGAUAAACGAUUUGACACAGAUACAAAAAAUUAA